AACGUAGACUUUCGAUUAUCACUAUAACCAUUGCAUCAAUUAUGGAGUUCAUAAGAAGUCAGAGAGGCGCGGCAAAGCUUUGUUAUGAAGGGUUCACGUACACGAAGAAAAAGGAGACGAAGGCGACGAUGCGAUGGGAAUGUUCCCAGCGUCGAAGAUAAGGUGCUAGAAGGCAUGGCCAUCUUAAAGGACACGGCCCCUUCAGCGCUGACUGGGAUCGUCGACUACUUCGACAAUACCUACGUGAGCGGCGGAUUUCGGUCCGUGAGGACCGCUGACGGCAUGAUGCGCUUCAGGAGAACGCCGCCCCGUUUCCCGCUAGAUAUCUGGAACGUACACGCUGCAACAGUCAGUGACGAAGCUAGGACCAACAACCUGUGCGAGGCUUGGAACAAUGGGUUCCAAGUUUUGGUUGGGCACCAGCAUCCGUCUCUGUGGACUGUAGUUGACUGCUUCAUGAAAGACGCCGCUAUGGUGGAGACUGAGGUGUAUCGCGUGCGCAACGGUGAGCCUUCAAUUAAGCCGAAGAAGAAGUCAACAGAGCGAUACCAGCGGCGUCUAUAGACUUUGUGCGAGCAGGUGGCGAGUGGUGAGAAGAGUGUGAGUCAGUUUUUGAACGUUGUCGGCGGACUUGUGCGAUUGAAGUAGUGUUUGAGUGUAUUGUUUAUGUAAGAAUGCAUAUAUGUUUGAACGUAUGUAUGAUUGUAACUGAAUGUA